UCUGCUCCAUGGAGCCCACAAAGGGGCAAAUCACAGCCGGGCGGAAACUUCUUGCCUUCUUCCUCCUCCAAGUCAUGGUCUCUGCCAUUUUGUUGACCUAUCUCCGAAGCCUCCCGGAGGCAGAUCCCUCCGUUCCCCCCACAUACACCCCCCCAAAAGAGCCAUUAGAAGGGUCCCUAGUCAAGAGGAGAUCCUCCAGACUCACCAUCUUGCUGUGGACUUGGCCCUACGGGAUCCGGGUCCCCAUAGAAAACUGCUUUGAGGUCCUGGGCAUUCCUGAUUGCCAGUUCACCGUUGACCGGAGUUGGUACCCCAAGGCCGACGCUGUCCUUGUCCAUCAUUACGACGUCUACCUGGACGCCCAGAAGCUGCCCCUUGACCCACGGUCUCCGAUCCAGCGAUGGGUCUGGUACAGUCCGGAGCCCCCCAGCAAACACCCGGUCCCGGCCUUCAUGGACAACCUCUUCAACUUGACCAUGUCCUACCGGAGGGACUCAGACAUCUAUGCCCCAUACGGCUGGCUGGAGAUGCUCCCCGGGCCCCAGGAGGUCACCAUCCCACCCAAGUCCAAGCUGGUGGCCUGGGUGGUGAGCAACUGGAAGCCAGACUAUGUCCAGGGGCGGGUCCGGUACUACGAGGAGCUGAGGAAGCACAUCCAAGUGGACGUCUAUGGACGUGGCCACAGGCCUCUCCCCGGGAACCAGCUGCUGCCCACUUUGUCCCAUUACAAGUUCUACCUGGCCUUCGAGAACUCGCAGCACGAGGACUACAUCUCCGAGAAGGUCUGGCGCAACGCCUUCCACUCGGGGGCCGUCCCGGUCGUCCUGGGUCCCCCCCGGAAGAACUACGAGAGCCACAUCCCCCCGGACUCCUUCAUACACGUCGAUGACUUUCUCAGCCCACAAGAGCUGGCUGCCUUCUUGCACGCGCUGGACAAGAAUGCUACGCGGUACGCCAGCUACUUCCGCUGGCGCUCCCAGAUGAAGUCUGUCCACUACAAGUCCUGGGGCUACCAAUUCUGCAAGGCCUGUCGGGCCUUGCAGCAAAGCCCUAAAACCAUGUACCAGACGGUACCGCAGCUGAGUAAG